ACUACAGGUGGAGCAGUGAACAGCAGAAGGCAUUUAACUCGGAUUAUUUUUGGUCCGCCACUGUUCACUUCAGAAAUUUUCGUGCCAGAGAGUUAGAGAGAGGUGCCCGUUGCUCGAGACGCCGCAGAUAUUUGCGUGUCAAAUUUCGAAGUACUUGCUAGUCGGAGAUCAAGGCUGAAAAAUGACUCGUGGGAAUCAGCGAGACUUAGCUCGGGCCAAAAACCAGAAAAAGGCUGCAAAGAAAUCGGCUGCAGAACAGGAGAGCAACAAGGGUCUGACCCUCGAGCAACGUAAACAACGUGACGCCGAUCGAAUGAGAGAAAAACAAUCGAAAAAGCAGCAAGAUGAAGGGAAGGUGCAACAACAAGGGGCGAGUUAAUUAACCGGGUCAUAGAUAAUACCAAGAUUCAAAUAUUAACAGAGUUUUAAGUAAGUCAAUCUCAAAUUAUAAAAACGACAAGUAAAAGAGCAAAAAAAAAAAAAAAAAAAAAAAACAAAAACGAAAAGCACAAAAA